AACAGGCAAGCCAGGCAUCACUGUGGAGUUGAAGAAGGGAUUUACUCAGACCUCGGCACCUUCACUUGCUCCUCUGGAAUUACAGCUAUUUAUUACAAAGGGCCCUGUGUGGCUGGGUGCAGUGUGCCUGAGGAAACGCAUCCUGGACACCACCUGGGGCUAGUACUUCUGAGCCCUUCCAGUUUCUGACUAAUUCUCGUCAUUAUCAUGGAGCCCAACAGUCCCAAAAAGAUACAAUUUGCUGUGCCUUUAUUCCAGAGUCAGAUUGCACCUGAAGCGGCAGAGCAGAUCAGAAAAAGAAGACCUACACCAGCAUCCCUUGUGAUUCUCAAUGAACAUAAUUCUCCAGAAAUAGAUGACAAGAGGGUGACCAACACCCAAGCCGAGUCACAAAAUGCAUCCCCAAAGCAAAGGAAGCAGAGCGUGUACACACCACCGGCCAUGAAAGGGGUUAAGCAUCUGAAAGGCCAGAAUGAAUCAGCAUUCCCUGAAGAAGAAGAAGGUGUAAACGAAAGAGAGGAGCAGUGGGAACAUUAAUUACGGGUCUGCAGCAAGAAGGCUUCUUGGGAAUAACUGAACUAUUAACUUUUCUGACUAUCCCAUGGAAGGCCACUCCUUGACCUCCAGAAGCAUUCUCCACCUCUGCUCUCCACACUCAUACAAUAGUAAUACACCUUAUGGGAAGCUCUCCCUUGACUGAACUU